GGUAAAGUCGGUGGUAAAGUUGGUGCCAAACGUCAUAAGAAAGCCCAAAAAGAACACAUUAACGGUAUUACCAAACCAGCCAUUCGUCGUUUAGCUCGUAGAGGUGGUGUCAAACGUAUUUCAUUCCCAAUUUACGAAGAAACCAGAAACGUCUUACGUACUUUCUUAACCAAUGUCAUUCGUGAUUCAGUUGCCUACACUGAACAUGCAGGUCGUCGUACCGUUACCGCUAUGGACGUCGUCUAUGCCCUCAAGAGACAAGGUAGAACUUUAUACGGUUUC